AUGGCUGAAGUUCUCUCGGCCCCAAUCGCUGCCGUAGAGCCCACCAAUGCUGCACCGACAUCUACCACAACACCUGAAGAUGUCGCUAUGAGCGACGCAGACACGCUAGAGAAGAUGAAAAAAGCCGCGCAACAAGUUGAAUUUUACUUCGCUGAUGCCAACCUUCCAUAUGACAAGUUCAUGUGGACACUGUAUUCAAAGGAUCCUGAACAUUGGAUCCCACUGGCGACGGUCGGCUCCUUCAAACGGAUGCGGGAGCAUAGCGCCAAUGGCAUGGAAUGGCUAGCCAACGCCAUCCGACUGAGCACCUUCCUGGAGGUGGACGAGACCAGAACCAAGAUUCGACGAACAACGGAACCUCAGGAACCUAAGGGUCAGUUCGAGAGGAGUGUGUACGCCAAAGGGUUCGGUGAGGAAGACCCGACGCUACAAGGUCGAUUGGAGGAGUUCUUCCGGAAAUAUGGAGCUGUUAGCGCAGUACGAAUGAGGAGGGAUGAACACAAAAAGUUCAAGGGUUCAGUAUUCACCGAGUUCACGGAAUUCGAUACCGUCAAAAAAUUCCUCGAAGCUGACCUGAAACCGACCUGGAACAGCACCGAAUUGCUUAUCAUGACCAAGGAGGACUACUGCGAGAUGAAGAUCAAGGAGAAGGGCCUCACUGGGAAGAGCGCCAACCACCGGCGCGAGCUGCUGUCGUCGAAGAAGUUCGACGCGUUUCGUGAGAUGGCCAAAGCUAAGGACGGGGUGAAAGGUGUGGCAACGGAGGAGCAGAAGAAGGACGUCUUCCUCGAGUUUUUGGGUCAUAAGAUCUUAAUCAAGCAGGACGAGGAUGGGAAUGGGACGAUUGAUGAGGAGGACAUUCCGUUUGUCAAGGGCGUCACGCUGAAGUUCGAUGGCUGCGGUGGGGAUGUUACUUGGUCUGAAAUCAAGGAUCCCAUCAAGGAGCGAUUCGACGGCAAGGCACCGUACAUUAAGUAUGCACGCGGCGAGAAUAGUGGCCUCGUUGGAUUCUACAAGCCUCUCUCAGAAGUGGACAUCGAGUUUGUCAAGACUACUAUCAAAAUCAUCAACAAGAAUGAGGUGACAUGGACUCUCCCGACUGAGGAGGAAGAGAAGCAGUUUGAGAUUGAGCGUGCCCAAGCUGCCGCAAAGAACGCCUUCUCACAUAGUGGCUCCAGAGACAGUGGACGGGGCAAGUCGGGUGGUGGCCGCGGUGGAGGUCGAGGUCGUGGUGGGCGAGGACGCGGUGGUCGUGGCGGAGGACGUGGUGCUGGCCGGUCGAACGGAAAGGACCGCAACGCAGAGAAAGCAAAGGAGAAACUGGCGGGUGAGGAGAACACUGGCGAGAAGAGGAAGCGGGCCGUUGAACCGGAUGGCGGGCCGCACACUGGCGUGCGAGGACAGGCCGCACCGCCGACGCUGCAAACCGCGAAGAAGGCCAAAACGAACGACGGCGCAGCUGCUGCGCCAACGUCAUAG